AUGGACGGCAGGGGCGGCACACGGGCGCGGGGCAGGCGGGGGUCGCGAACCGCAGCUCCGCGGGGCCGGGGCGCCCCGAGGAGCGCAGCCCGCAGCCCUUCGCGGGGCCGCGUCGCGGGCGAAAGCCCGAGCGAUGCCACGACCCGCCAGGCGCCGCGGACGGAUGGACCCCCCGCCCGGGGUGGGCGCCCAGGGCGGCGAGCCCCCACUGCCACGGCCCUCCCGGCGGCCGGCGUAGAGCCACCCCUUACCCCUCGGAGCAGGGCGCCGGCCGCCAGAGUCCCGGAGGCCUCGCAGAAGGUCCCAGUGGUGCCCGACGGGGCGGCCGCUGCCCCCGUGGCCGUCCCCCGACCCCCGCCGGACACCCUGCGGCUCCGCGAGGUGCUGUCGCGGCUCAGCCUGGGCCGCAAGGACGUGUCCGAGGCGUCGAAGCUGGUGAAUUUGGUGGUUCCGCACCUCUUCCAGACUAUCCGGAGCAGGGACGGCGCCUUCAGCUCCAUGGAGCAGUACAGCGCCGGGAGCUACUACGAGCGCGUCAAGAUAUCUCAACCAAAUGAAUUUGACAUCAUGUUUGUAAUAUGUGUUGAAAGCCUUCAGCUGGAUGAGUCUGAUGACACAGGAGCCUAUUAUUACCUAACAUUCAAAAGAAAUCCAAAAGAAAAGUAUUUUUUGAAGUUUUUAGAUGAAGAUGGAAAACUAUCAGCCUUUAAAAUGCUUCAAGCACUUAGAGAAAUUAUUAAGCAAGAAGUAAAAAACUUUAAAAAUGUGGAGGUAACUGUGACAAGGAAAAAGGCUGGAAGCCCUGCAAUAACUCUUCAGAUCAAAAAUCCUCCAUUGGAUAUAUCGGUGGACAUCAUCUUGACUUUGAAAGUUCAGCACAGCUGGCCGCCCAGCACACAGGACGGCCUCAAAAUUGAACAGUGGCUGGGAACAAAAGCCAGGAGAGAUUUCAAAUUUACAGCACUUUAUUUAGUAGCCAAGCAAAACAAAAGAGAAAAGGUUCUAAAAGGAAACACAUGGCGACUCUCCUUCUCACAUAUUGAGAAGCGCAUGAUGGAGAACCAUGGCCACUCAAGGACGUGUUGUGAAUCUCAUGGAUCAAAGUGCUGUAGGAAAGGUUGUCUUAAGCUGCUGAAGUAUCUUCUAGAGCAACUUAAAAUGCAAUAUCCAAAAGAGCUGGAAAAAUUCUGUUCAUAUCAUGUCAAAACUGCUCUUUUCCACUCUUGUGUCAUGUGGCCAAAUGACACAGAUUGGAUUUUGGAAGACCUGGAUCACUGCUUUCAGAAAUGUCUGGAAUAUUUCAUGGAGUGCCUGCAAAAGUCUCAGCUGCCGCACUUCUUUAUUCCCAAAUACAACUUGCUCAGUCUGCAAGAGAGAGCGAGCAAUCAUUUCCUUUCAAGACAGAUAAGCCAUCAACUGAAUAACAGAUUCCCAAUAUUUCAGGAGAGCUGUUAAACUCACUGUUUACAUUGGCUAUCUAAUCAUGUAUAUUUGCAUAUUUAAAACAAAAAGUUCUGUAGCAUAAGUUACUCUUCAGUAGUCUGGUGAUAAAACCCAAAAAAACCAAAACCAAAAUAAAAUCAAGAAGACCAAGAGAAAAUUGCAUACUUCAGUCACACUGCUUAGCCUUAAUCCUUAAAAGAAAUGGGAUGAUUUAAGUAAUACUUACCUUCCCUAUCCAAAUGCAGAUGUCACCUGCAAAUUAUAUGCAAGGUACACUAAGAAGAUACAUAGAAUUUGCAAUAGUUGAUUUCCUACAUGUAAUUUCUACAUUUCUAAGUACAAAGGCAUCAAAAAGUGCAUAAAGGGAAAAAUGACUAUUUAAAAUGAAGAUCCUCUGCAGAAUAUCCAAAAUACACUCUUGCUUUCAAAAGAAAAAAAAAGUCACUGGAGUUACUUUGACAUUAAUCAGAACAAUGCCAGAUUGCUUGAGUGGAUGAAGACCUGUUGCAGAGGACAAUCACCAGCAAUGGUGAAUAGAGAGAAUUUCGUAUCAAAAUAACGUGAAGUUCCUGAAGCAACUUUUCCUUUCUGAGUCUUCAGAAUUUCUUUGGAAUUGAGUCUUUUCACUGGACUUUGGAUAGGAAGCAACCACUAUUUAAUACGCUACAACUCAGUAAAAGUUACUGUGCCAAUGAAUAUUUGUAUCAUGAAUCUUGUAGAAAGAAAUGCAUCUUUCAACCCCUAUCAAAGAGGAAGACUUGAUAUGAAAGGUUAUCAAAACCAAAAUGCAGCAUGAAUGUGACACUCUUGAAAUUAAAUUCAGCUCUGUUUUUCUCAUGUUGAAGAAAUGUGUGUUAGGGAAAAAAAUUAUUUCCUAUUACUAAAAUUGUGCAGGUGAGAAAUACACAGCAUUUGGGAACUGCUGAGCUCUAGGUAAAUACAUAUUUUGCAUCUUCCUGAAGAAGCCGUGGCAAGUCUGUAUUUUUAGCCUACUUUUUGAAGGCAAAAUAACCUACUGGCUUAAAUAAUGCCAAGAUUCCACCUCAAUUUUGAGCAAAUAAAGAGGCAAGAUCAAAAGAACAUUUAUAGAAUAAUUUCAUUAAAAUAUUUUCAUUUCAAUAAAUUCAGUUUAUUAAUUUACUUAUAUGACACAUAAACACAAGUUCAGACCAAGCAUCAAACUCUUCCCAUAUAAAUUCCAAAGAGAGAAAAUAUGCUCCACUGUCUGUAGGAGUCUGUGUGACAGAAACUGACAUCCAAAUAUAAAAUGUGAAUCAACUUUAUCUGAAGGAAAUAAAAGCUGACCUUCAAGCGUAUUCGUUUCUCCAUGACUUUUGUUAACAUGGCUCUAGUAAACUCUGGUUUUCUUCUUUAUGCUAGAAUAUUACAUCCGUGAAAAUAAGAGUAGAAGCUGUUUUUUCCGCAGUUAACCACAAAAAUAGACUUCUUGUCAUUCUCUCUUCCAUUAGAAGAAAAUGCAGACCUCUCAAAAAAAGUCUUAACAAAAAAGACUUUUAAGUUUUCUUUAAAACUUGCUUUAGCAAACAGAAGUUACUACAAAGAGAGCAGUUUUCAAAUAACUAAGUUAUCCUUAGAAAUACUUUGUGCCUGUGGCAGAUGUGACACAUCAAGGCAAAAGUACAGUAUUUUGAAGCUACAUUGGCAAACAUUGCUUACAAUGACUAAUUCAGUUCUCUGAAAAUAAAAUGAAAAAUUAUAUUUUAUAUUCAUAUAUAUCAGUACUGCAUUUAACUAAACCCCCCCUGAAACCAAUUUAAAUGGUUUAUUUAAAUGGGCAGGUACAGAAAACAAUCAAAUGAGAAACGAAACUUAUAAAUUCAAGCCCAUAGAUG